GUAACCACCAUGAGCGUGUUCAGCCAGCUUGCCGAAUCAUCGAAGCAGAACCCAUUCAGCUUGCCGGUCAGGUCGGGUAACUGCGCCAGUGCUGUUUCAGCUCCUGGACAAGUUGAAUUCGGAAGUGGCAAGUACUACGCUUACUGUGCUCUCGGAGGAGUUCUUUCUUGUGGAAUCACCCACACUGCCAUCGUACCACUUGAUCUUGUCAAGUGCAGAAUUCAGGUGAAUCCAGAGAAGUACACCGGUAUUGCUACUGGUUUCCGGACCACCAUCGCCGAGGAAGGAGCUCGUGCUCUUGUAAAGGGAUGGGCCCCAACCCUCCUUGGAUACUCCGCACAAGGACUUGGAAAAUUCGGAUUCUACGAGAUCUUCAAGAACGUCUACGCUGACAUGCUCGGAGAAGAGAACGCAUAUCUCUACAGAACCUCUCUUUACCUCGCUGCUUCCGCCUCAGCUGAGUUCUUCGCUGAUAUCCUUCUCGCCCCAAUGGAAGCCACCAAGGUCCGUAUCCAAACCUCACCAGGAGCUCCACCAACUCUUCGUGGAUGUGCACCAAUGAUCUACAAGGCCGAAGGACUCACCGGAUUUUACAAGGGACUUCCACCACUCUGGAUGAGACAGAUUCCAUACACCAUGAUGAAGUUCGCUUGCUUCGAGAAGACCGUUGAGGCCCUUUACCAAUACGUUGUUCCAAAGCCAAGAGCAGAGUGCUCCAAGGCUGAACAACUUGUCGUCACGUUUGUUGCUGGAUAUAUCGCCGGAGUUUUCUGCGCCAUCGUAUCUCACCCAGCCGACACUGUUGUUUCCAAGCUUAACCAAGACUCUCAAGCCACCGCCGGAGGAAUCCUCAAGAAACUUGGUUUCGCCGGAGUCUGGAAGGGACUUGUGCCACGUAUUAUCAUGAUCGGAACCCUCACAGCUCUUCAAUGGUUCAUCUAUGAUUCUGUUAAAGUCGCCCUCAACCUUCCACGCCCACCACCACCAGAGAUGCCAGCUUCCCUCAAGGCCAAGCUUGCCGCUCAACAAUAAUUGCACUGACUAGAUAAUGAUUUUGAUUUCCUUCCUUAAUCGAUUGUUCUAGCCAUUGUAUUAAUUUGAAAUCCACCCAAUUUGUCUCUUUUCUCUCGGUCCUACUCUCACUCUUAAUUUUUUAUAACUAAUUAGUGCACCAUGCUCGGUUUUAGUGUGAUUAUCAUUUCCUUCAUUUGUUUCAAGUUGUCCUUCAAUCCCGAUGUCUUCUUUUUUGAAAGAUGAGUUCUCUGGCAGUGUUUUUAUAAAUCUCCUCCGAACAAAACCGAUCGAAGAAUAUUGUAUACGUUGGUGUUAAUUUGUGUGUGUUCUCAAGAAAAGACCUCAAUUGGGUAGUUCAAUUAAUACAGUCCACCCUCGCUCGUUUUACCGUUGAAUUCCAAUAAAAAAAAUUGAU